ACACCCAAAUUAAUUAUGGGCCUUAACGGUCUCCACCUUCUAUGUCUUCUACUGGUGUCUCAAGGGAUUCAGCUUACUCAAGGAAGUUGUGGUAGUACAGAGUUUCAAUGCACGAGCGGACAAUGCAUCGACAUAGCUUGGAGAUGUGAUGGUACUAAAGACUGCACAGAUGACUCAGAUGAGCUGAACUGUCCACCUCAACAAUGCACCUCGCAAGAAUUUAAGUGUGUGACGAGCGGUGAAUGCAUCUCUUCGGGAUUUGUCUGCGAUGGAGAGGAAGACUGCUCAGAUGGCUCAGAUGAACAAAGAACCUGUGGUGGGCGGACCUGCAGCCCAGACCAGUUCACUUGUCGGGAAGGCCAGUGUAUCACCGGCAAAUACAGAUGUGACCAUGUGAAAGACUGCGUGGACAACUCUGAUGAGAACAACUGCAAUUAUCCACAGUGCACUGAGAAGACUUGUGCCAAUGGGGCCUGUUACAACCAUUCCCAGCACUGUAAUGGGCUACAGAACUGCAGAGAUGGCUCUGAUGAAUUCAAUUGCACCACACAGCACUGUCCAAUUCAUCAGUUUGAGUGUACGAAUGGUUACUGUAUUCCACAUUCCUUUGUGUGUGACCACUACGAUGACUGUGGGGACAGCAGUGACGAACAAGGCUGUGUUUACCAAAGCUGUAGCGGCAGUGAGUUCACAUGCUCCAGUGGUCGUUGUAUUCCUCAGCGCUGGGUGUGCGACCAGUUUAACGACUGUGGGGACUACAGUGACGAGAGGGGAUGUGAUAGUAACUCACGAGGCUGUUACCCUGGUGAGUGGGGAUGUCCUGGCUCCACGUUAUGUAUACCAGUCAACAAAGUGUGUGACGGAAAACCUGACUGCCCCGGAGGAACAGAUGAGACCAACUCCACGGCACAGCAAACAUGCAGCCUGGAUCAGUGCUCCAGCUUGAGCUGUGAGUACCUCUGCCAUUCUUCUCCUCAGGGAGGUGCUUGCUACUGCCCAGAUGGUUUCAUUGUAGCCAAUGACAGUCGUACCUGUGUAGACUUUGAUGACUGUCAGAUUUGGGGGGUCUGUGACCAAGUGUGUGAAGAUCGUCCUGGGACACACCACUGUAGCUGUGCUAAUGGAUACUUCCUGGAGAAGGGUCAUGUCUGCAAAGCCAAUGUGUCAGGUGGACUUCCGCAGAUCAUUUUCACCAAUGGUGGAGAUGUGAUGAUUGGUGACAUUCAUGGGCGCUUUGUCAGAACUCUCGUGCCGUCACAGGGAAGAGGUUAUUCUGUCGGGGUUGCGUACCACCUGCACAGCAACAUAGUCUUCUGGAGUGAUACAUACACCAAAAAGGUUUACUCUGCAAACUUCAACGGGGAUAACAUUAAGGAGAUAUUGACUACUGCGGUCCACAAUGUCCAGAACCUUGCAGUGGACUGGAUAAACUUCAAACUGUAUGUCCUAGAAGCCAUGGUUGAGCGCAUUGACAUGUGCGACUUUAAUGGAGGCAAUCGGGUCACACUGGUGGCUGAAAACCUGCAGACUCCUCAUGGGCUGGCCCUGGACCCAACAGUGGGCUACAUGUUUUUCACCGACAUGGGCAUUGGGAGUGAGCAGAUGAAGCUUGAACGCGCCUUCAUGGAUGGCAGCAAUCGUCUGGAGCUGGUAAAGAGCAGUCUUGGCAUUCCGACAGGAAUCACCCUAGAUAUCGUCACACAGAGGGUCUACUGGUCUGACAGCCACUUCGACACUGUGGAGACUGUCACCUACAGUGGUUUAGACAGGAAAAUAGUCCUCAAUGGUGGGACCCAGGCACCACAUCCUUUCGGAAUUGCUGUGUUUGAAAACCACGUAUUCUUCACUGACUGGACCAAGAUGGGUGUUGUGAGAGCGAACCGCUUCAACGGUAGCAACCCAGCGCUCCUAUAUCGUACAGCAAAGCGACCGGGCCACGUUGUCAUCUCACAUCCUGUCUUACAACCUGUUGUGAUGAACCCUUGCGGUAGACACAACGGAGGUUGUCAUCAAAUUUGUGUAUUGAGUCACCGCACAGACAACGAUGGUUUGGGCUACCGAUGCAAGUGUCGCCAUGGUUACGACUUGCAGUCUGAUCGUCGUACCUGCUUUAAGCUGAAGGACUACCUGCUGUUGGCGACCUCUCUGGGGGUUCGAGGAAUUCCACUGAAUAUAUCUCUCCAGGACGACAUCACCCUGCCUCUCUCAGGGCUCGGGACUUCUUUCUCCGGUUCUGCUGUGGAGUUUGAUGGCAACGAGGAAGCUAUUUUCUACAACGACAGGUCCAGAGGCCUGGUCUACAAGUCCAACCUCAACGGCACUGUCCAACAGAUUUUGUCAGGCUACAGAGUGGGAACGGUUGACGCCAUGGCUUACGACUGGACCUCCAAAGUCUUGUUCUGGACCACAAGCACCUACAAGUCGGUGGUGGCCUUCAGAGUCACAGACAAGUCCAGGCGGGACAUUGUGACGGGACUGAGAAACCCGAAGGGAAUUGCAGUGAGCCCCAGUGCUGGUUACUUGUUCUGGUCUGACUGGUACCGUCCUGCAGUCAUAAUGAGAGGCUUCACGGAUGGCAGCAAUGCUGUUCCUCUGGUCAACACAACACUGGGGUGGCCUUAUGGACUUGCUAUUGAUUAUGUGAUGGACCGGCUGUACUGGGUAGACUCCCAGCUGGACCAGAUUGGUCACAUUGACUUUGAAGGAUAUGACAGACAGACAUUUUCCAAUAUCGGCCAGAUCACACAACCAUACUCUCUAACAGUGUAUUCAGACUUUCUGUAUGUGGCCGAUACAAGGACCAGAGCGAUAUUUCAGAUGAGGAAGAGGGAUGGGGGAGGAAACAUCAUGAUCAGACAAGGAAUCACCGGCAUUAUGAAUCUCAAGGCCUACACAGCUGACCUCCACAGCACAUUUACCAGCCGGUGCAAUGCUGUGCCCAACGGGCGCUGCAGCCACUUCUGUUUCCCGACUCCAUCUUUCAAUCGAGUGUGUGGCUGUCCAUUCGGCAUGAAACUCCAGUCCAAUCAGAGGGACUGCAUCAAAGACGAUUCUGUUACCCCACCACCUGGCAACAUCUGUGGAGACUUUUCCUUCGAGUGUGAUGAAGGACGCUGUAGACCCAACUCCUAUCGCUGUGAUGGGAUUGUCGAUUGCGUGGAUCAGACUGAUGAGGCCAACUGCACCGACACAGGAGGGACCUGCUCUCCUCGAGCAUUCACCUGCAACAACAAACGCUGCAUCCUGAACAGUUGGCGCUGCGACGGCAUGGACGACUGCGGCGACGGGUCUGAUGAAGUGAACUGUCCCACUCGCCGCCCACCUAACACCUGUGCCGCAGAUUACUUCACCUGCGACAACUCCAGGUGUGUCUCCAAAAUAUGGCUAUGUGACGGUGACAACGACUGCGGCGACGGCUCUGAUGAACGCAACUGCAAUUCAACCAUCACUACGUGCCCUCCAAACUACUACCUGUGUCCCAACCACCGCUGCAUCCACAGCUCCUACGUGUGUGACGGAGACCAGGACUGCCUGGAUGGAUCAGACGAGGCAACCUGUGAGUUUCACUGCGGCUCCUAUGACUUUGCCUGUGCCAGUGGGGACCAGUGUGUCAGUUCUAGAUAUCAGUGUGACGGCGUGUUCGACUGCAGGGACCAUUCUGAUGAACGAGACUGUCCCACUCGAGGUCCAGGCCUCUGCCACGACGAUGAGUUCCAGUGCCAGACGGACGGUUUCUGCAUACCAGACGAGUGGGAGUGUGACGGCCAUCCAGAUUGUGAGGACGGGUCUGAUGAACACACCUCCUGCGCUCCUGUAACCUGCAGAUCAAACUACUUCCAGUGCACCAACAAGAUAUGCAUCCCUACGAGCUGGAUAUGUGACGGCGACAACGAUUGCAGGGACAAUAGUGAUGAGCAGGACUGUCCCACCCCUCCAUUUAGUUGUUCCUCCGGACAGUGGCUCUGCCCGACUGACCAGUUGUGCAUCGACAUUGACAAGUUGUGUAACGGCCAGAGGGACUGCCCCAAUGGAGCGGAUGAGUCACCUCUCUGCAACCAGGAUGACUGUGUGCUGAACAACGGAGGCUGCAGUUUCAUCUGUGUCCAAGGACCGUUCGGGGCUCAGUGCGUCUGUCCUCCAGGAUACCAGCUGCUCAACGACUCGAAGACCUGUGACGACAUCAACGAGUGUCUGAUCCCGGGUUUCUGCAGCCAGCAGUGCUUCAACGAGAGGGGAACCUUCCGGUGUUACUGCUCACAUGGUUAUGUCCUGGAGCCUGACGGGCGCACAUGCAAAGCUACAGACCAACUAGCAGCUGUGCUACUGGUUUCCAAGCGUAGCCAGAUCAUGGCCAACCGGAUCAACACAAAACCACCACAAAUACGUCCGGUGAUCAGCGGUUCCAGUAUCGUGACUGUAGACUUUGAUCGCAUAACUUCCAGAAUCUACUGGGCUGAUGCGUCGCAGAAGAAGAUAUGGAGCUCCUUUCAGAACGGCACUGACAGACGAGAAGUGUUCUCCUCUGGACUGAUGGUACCAGAGAGUAUAGCUGUGGACUGGGUGGGGCGGAACCUUUACUGGACCGACUCUGUCAUGGAGAACAUAGAGGUCUCAACGCUGGAUGGUCGCUUUCGGAAAGUUCUCCUCUCCAAGAACGUAACCAGCCCACGUGGACUGGUGCUAGACCCUCGUAACUACACCAACUUCAUGUUCUGGUCCGACUGGGGUCAGAACCCCCGGAUUGAGCGGGCAGACAUGGACGGCAAAUCUAGACGAAUCAUCGUCAGCACUAAGGUCUACUGGCCUAACGGACUGGCCCUAGACUACGCCACACGCAGGGUCUACUUUGCUGAUGCCUACCUCAGAUAUAUAGACUACUGUGACUAUGAUGGCAACAACCGGCAUCAGGUCCUGGCCAGUGACAUGGUUCUCCAGCACCCACACGGUAUGACCAUCUUCGAGGACAGCAUCUUCUGGUCGGAGCGCUACACCAGCAAGGUGAUGACGACCAACAAGUUCCACGGAGGCAACAUCACCACCCUGAUGAACAAUGUGUUCCAGCCCAUGGGCAUCGUGAUGGACCAUCCCAUCAAACAGCAAGCAGCCAUCAACCACUGCAGAGAGCACCUGUGCACUCAGCUGUGCCUGCUGGCAGGUCUGAGGCCUCGGUAUUACACCUGCCACUGUCAGUCUGGCUGGAAGCUGGAUGCUGACCAACGCACCUGUAUCAAAGAUGAGACUCCUUUCUUGAUGGUGGUAAGGAACUCAGUGAUCUUUGGCAUUCCUCUGGACCCUGCUGACCCUUCCAACAACGCAAUGGCCCCUGUGUCUGGCAUCAGCCAGGGGAGGGACAUUGACUUUGAUGACCUCGAGCAGCUGGUUUAUUGGGUGCAAAGCACUGGGUCUAUAUGGCAAGUGAAAACCAGCGGUACCAACAGGUCUGAGUUUGCUCCAGCUGCUUUCAUGGGCUCCCCGUCUGGUCUGGCUUUUGAUUGGAUUAGCCGGAUAAUGUACUACACCAAUCCAACUGGUAAAUCCAUAGAGGUUAUCCGUGUGGAUGGAAACCAGCACUACAGAAAGACCCUCAUCACAUCCAAUGGUAAACCAGAGGGGGCAGGAGAGCCUUUUGGAAUUACUGUGGAUCCUGCUCGAGGAAAACUGUUUUGGACAGACAAGGGGUCAGACAGUGGAGUUCCUCCGAAGGUUGGCAGCGCUGACAUGGAUGGAGGAAACCUGAGGAACCUCUACACGGGCAAUCUGGCUAACAUAGGAUACAUCACUGCUGACAUUUCUACCAGGAAACUGUACUGGGGUGUGGCGGGCUCUGGGGUGAUUGAGAGUGGCACCAUGGAUGGAGUAAGCCGGAUGACAGUUGUGAGUGGCCUGUCACAACCAUGGGGGCUGACAAUCCACCAGAACCACCUCUACUAUACUGAUGUGGACUACGAGGUCAUUGAGAGGGUGGACAAGGCAAACGGUGCCAAUAUGGUGGUGAUGAGGAGCAGCAUGGCUGGCCUGCGUGCCCUCAAAGUGCACGCCAGAGACAACUCAGCAGGGACCACCAAUGCCUGCAGCUCCAACAACGGGGGCUGUCCCCACCUCUGCUUGCCCAAACCCGACAAUCAGAAGACGUGUGCUUGCACCACAGGUUUUCAACCUUCUCAAGACGGCACCCGCUGUGAACAGUUUGAGUCCUAUGCAAUCAUCUCCACCCCCAAGUACAUUCGUGGCUUCCACAUAAACAGCUCAGACCACUCCGAGGCUAUGGUGCCUAUCGGGGGAUCUUCCACCUAUAAGGGCAAAUUGGACCUCCAUAUCCAAUCAGGCUUUGUGUACUGGACUGACAACAGCACCUCCUCCGCGUACAAGGGCAUCUUCAGGGCCAAAACAGAUGGAGGGAGCUACAGCCGUAUCAUCAACACAGGCGUUGGAAGAAGAGGCAUUCAGGGCUUCGCUGUAGACUGGAUUGCAGGUAACUUAUACUUCACUAAUGCCUUUGAGAGUGAGACCUUCCUGGAGGUGUUUGCCAUCAACACCACCUACAGAAUGAUUCUCCUCAAGUCCGCUGAGGACCAGCCCCGCGACGUGGCCGUCAGCCCCAAGCUUCGAUAUCUCUUCUGGACCGAUGGUGGCCAAACACCCAAGAUUGAGCGUGCCCUUCUGGACGGCACCAACCGCACUGUGUUGGCAUCAGAAAGCCUUGCAUCCCCUCGUGGCCUCACUAUCGAUUAUACCAACGAUUUCCUCUACUGGACCGAUGAUGUGCUUGAUAUGAUCUCCAGGAUGGCCCCAGACGGCACACAGAGGCAGAUCAUCCGGUAUGGGAGCCGGUAUCCGUCUCCUAUGGGCAUGGCUAUAUUUGGAAGAUACAUGCUGUGGGUGGAUAAAAAGCUUGGGAAGCUCUUCCAGGCCAGCAAGGACCCAAACAAUUCUGACCAGCCAGAGGUAAUGCGAGACAAUCUUGACGGGCUGAUGGAUGUCACAGUCUUUGACGCUCAUGUCCAGCCUACAUCUGCCAAUCAGGUGGGCUUUAACCCUUGUCAGGAGGAUAACGGACGCUGCCAGCAGCUCUGCUUUGCCAUCGCAGGCCAAGAGAAACCAAAAUGUGGCUGUGCACACGGCUCUCUCCUAAGUAACGGAGUAACUUGUGGUUACGGACAGGAUGAGUUCCUAAUUUUCACUACGGACUACCAGCUGAAUAGCAUGAGGCUAGACCCCACGGAUCACACCCCCCCCCUUCCAGCGGUGACACUGGGCUACAACGUGGUGGCUUUGGAUUAUGACUUCAAGGAGAGGCGUAUUUUCUUCACCCAGUACGUAGGGAUUGGUCGGAGUAAAAUUGGCUACCUCAGCACCACAUCCAUCACCAGCCCACCUGUCAUUAUCGCCGCAAAUUUGGAUGACCCAGAGGGGUUGGCCUAUGACUGGGUCAACAAGCGUCUGUACUUCACUGACUACUAUAAGCGCAAUGUCCAGGCCAUGGGAGUGAAUGGGCAGAACCGCUCCAUCAUCGCCCAUGCGAACCGACCCAGAGGCAUCGUCGUUGACCCCUGCUAUGGUUACCUGUACUGGACUGACUGGGCCUCUCCAGCUAAGAUCGAGAGGGCUACACUUGGUGGAAACUUCCGGACCCCCAUCAUUAACACCAACCUGAUGAUGCCCAAUGGUCUGUCCCUGGAUUAUGAAGAAAGGAUGCUCUACUGGGCUGAUUCCUCAUUAGAUCAGAUUGAGCGAUCCACUCUGACUGGAGCCAACAGACAAGUCCUCGUGCAGGGGGUCAUUUAUCCGUUCGCCCUUACCGUCUUCCAGCAGGACAUCUUCUGGACAGACUGGACCGAGAGAGGCGUCUUUAGAGCCGGGAAGGACGAUGGCUCCGGCUUCACAGUGCUGGCCCAGGACCUGCAGUAUCGACCUAACGACAUCCAUGUUUAUGCAGCUUCUAAACAGGAGAUCUGCUCCAGCUCCUGUCAGCAGUUUAAUGGAGGGUGCAGUCAUGUCUGUGUUUCCGGUCCGUUGGGUCCUGAAUGCCAGUGCCCUCAUCAGGGAAGUUGGUACCUGGCUAACAAUGGCAAAGACUGCAUCCAAGACAAGGGGAAACGCUGUGAGCCCGAGCAGUUCACCUGUCUCAACGGUAACUGCAUCGCAGCGCGCUGGAAGUGUGACGGCCACAACGACUGCCACGACAACUCUGACGAGCUGGAGAGAGUGUGCGCUUUCCACACCUGCGCAGCCAUCGACUUCACCUGCGACAACGGGCGCUGCGUGCCGCUCGGCUACAUCUGCGACUACACAGACGACUGCGGUGACAACAGCGAUGAGAGAGACUGCCCCUUUCCAACUUGUAACCCUGCAACAGAGUUCACCUGCGGAAGCGGACGCUGCAUCGACGCAGACUUCGUUUGUGACGGCCACAAUGACUGCCGGGACAACGCCACCUCUGAUGAAAUCAACUGCCCUGACCGGACGUGUCCUGCAGGCCAGGUCAAGUGUGAUAGCACCAACAUCUGCAUCUACCCCGAAAGCCUCUGUGAUGGAUACAACAACUGUGGAGACAACAGUGAUGAGAAUCCUCUCUUCUGCGCGGGUCGUACAUGCUCUCCGAAUCAGUUCCGCUGUGAUUCAGGGAAGUGUAUCCCUGACUCUUGGGUUUGUGAUGGCAUCGUGGACUGUAAUGAUCGCACAGACGAGCCUUCCUCCUGCGAGGAUCAAAUCAGAACAUGCAACCCCAGCCAGUUUACUUGUACCAAUGGAAACUGCAUCCCCCAGUCAAUGGUCUGCGAUGGCAACAAUGACUGCUGGGACAACAGUGACGAGGCUCCCGAGCUGCAGUGUGGCCAGCGUACCUGCAGCUCUAACCAGUUCACCUGCCCAACCUGGCACCCUGGUCAUUCUCGCUGUGUGCCGUUGAGCUUUGUGUGUGAUGGCGAGAAAGACUGCGCCAACGCAGCAGAUGAGCUUCAGAAUUGUCCAAACCGUACCUGCCACUUGAACGAGUUCGCCUGCUCCAAUGGGCUCUGCAUCUUCAUCCCCUACCACUGUGACCGUGUGAACGACUGCGGGGAUGGCAGUGAUGAGUUGGGUUGCACCUACGACACGUGCAGCAGCAGCCAGUUCACCUGCAGUAAUGGAGCCUGCAUCCACUCCUCCUACACCUGCGACGGAGAGAGCGACUGUUUGGACGGCUCCGACGAGGCAGACAGCUUGUGCAUCACACCGCAGCCCACCUGUUCUCCUCAGCAGUACAUGUGCAAGUCGGGCGAGUGCAUAGACGCUAAUAAGGUGUGCAACGGGCAGAAAGACUGCCAGGACAACAGUGACGAGAAAGGCUGCGGAGUCAACGAGUGCCGCAGCCCUUCAGUCCAUAAGUGUGCCCAGCUCUGCACCGACACCCUGACUGGUUACUUCUGCUCCUGCUACCCCGGCUACAAACUCAUGCCAAACGGCAAAGCCUGCGCGGACCUCAACGAGUGCAUCAGCACGCCUUCUGUCUGCAGCCAGAUCUGUGAGAACACUGUGGGAUCGUUCCACUGCAAAUGUGCGCCUGGAUACAUACGAGAACCAGACGGACGCACCUGUCGUCAGAACAGCGGCAUCGCACCGUACCUGUUGUACACUAACCGCUACUACAUCCGCAAUAUGACCACUGAUGGAACACAGUUGAGUAUAGUCCUGCAGGGUCUGUCCAACGUGGUGGCGUUAGACUAUGAUCACUCUGAGAAGAGGCUGUACUGGCUGGACGCAGGGGCAGGAAAGAUUGAGAGGAUGCGUUUUGACGGGAGCGACAGGGAGACUCUGGCAGAUGAAGAUGUGAGAGGAGCUGAGGGCCUGGCACUGGACUGGGUGGGCAGGAAGUUGUACUGGGUCGACGGUUAUUACGGCUCGGUUCAUGUCAUGGAGCUGGAUGGACGUUACCAGAAACGAAUGGUUUCAGGAGAUUUCACAGAUGGAAAUAACACGUACCUCAUCAGCAGACCUCGUGCUGUGGCUGUUAACCCUAAAUAUGGUUGGCUGUACUGGACCGACUGGGGUGAUGAAGCAUAUAUCGGCAGAGUUGGCAUGGAUGGAACCAACAUCAGUGCCAUCAUCACAACCAAGCUGGAGUGGCCUAACGCUCUGACCAUAGACUACACCACCAACAAGAUCUUCUUUUCAGAUUCCCACCUUAACUUUCUGGACUUUGCAGACAUGGACGGCAAGAACCGCCAACGGGCCAUUGCUGGUUCCCUUCCCCAUGUCUUCGCUGUUUCCCUGUUUGAGGACUGGGUCUACUGGACAGACUGGAACACACACACAGUGGAGAAGGCCCACAAGUACACUGGUGAACAGCGCACAGUCAUGGGCAACAACACACAUCGACCCGAUGACAUUCAUGUCUACCAUCCCUACAGACAACCUCGCAGUGAAAACCCGUGCUCCACCCAUCACCUGACAUGCAGUCAUUUGUGUCUGAUUGGUCCUGGUGGGCAGCGUGCCACCUGCGUGUGUCCAGAUCACUUCAUCGGCCUCAUGGUGGGCUUCAAAGUCCAGUGUGUCGCUGACUGCUCCAGCACACAGUUCCGCUGUGGAGACAAUGAGAGGUGUGUCCCCAUUUGGUGGAAGUGUGACGGACAGUCAGAUUGCGGCGAUGGCUCAGAUGAACCUCAGACUUGUCCGCCACGCCAUUGCCCCGUUGGCCAGUUUCAGUGUCAGGACGGUAACUGUACUUACCCCGGCUUCCUCUGUGACGGACAUGCUGACUGCCCUGACAGAUCAGACGAAGACGCUGCUCUCUGCAGUGACCACCGAUGCCAGGAAAACCAGUUCCAGUGUAAAGACAAGUUGUGCAUCCCAGUAUCCUGGCACUGCGAUGGGGUAACUGACUGUUCAGAUGGCAGUGAUGAAGACGCAGAGACUUGUUCUCAGAAGACUUGCAGACCAGGACAGUUCCAGUGUGCUAACGGACGCUGCCUGCCGUCAAGCUACGUGUGUGACGCCCAGGACGACUGUGGGGACGGGUCUGACGAGCCGUUUGAGAUCUGCAUGGGUCCAGAGUACAAGUGUGAUGAGGAAACCGAGUUCUCUUGCAAGACAAAUUACCGCUGUAUUCCUCAGUGGGCGCGCUGUGACGGCACCAACGACUGCAUUGACAACAGCGACGAGCAGGGCUGCGAGGAGUUGACCUGUGAUCCACUGGGAGACUUCCGAUGUGACAACCACCGCUGUGUCCCCAUCCGCUGGCAGUGUGACGGCACCAACGACUGCGGCGACGGCUCCGAUGAGAGGAACUGCGAGCCGAGGCCUUGCUCUGAAAGUGAGUUUCGAUGUGACGACGCACAGUGCAUCCCUGGAAGCUGGGUGUGUGACCAUGACAACGACUGCGGGGACAACUCAGACGAGCGGGACUGUGAGUUGAAGACGUGUCGUCCAGGUACUUUCCAGUGUGACUCGGGUCAUUGUAUCCCCGCUGUUCUGGAGUGUGACGGCCGGGCUGAUUGUCAGGAUCUGUCAGAUGAGACCAAAUGUCCUACUCGUUUCCCAGGAGGCCGUUGGUGCCCUCAGAGCCAGUUCGAGUGUGCGAACCGUCUGUGUGUGAGCCAGAGCUGGGUGUGUGACGGCACCGAUGACUGCGGGGACCGCUCCGACGAACAGCUCACUUUAUGCUUGAACGUCACCUGUGAGAUGCCAUCUAAGUUCCGCUGUGCAAACGGAUACUGCGUCUACUCCGGCCUGCUGUGCAACCAGAAGGACGACUGUGGAGACGGCAGUGACGAGAAGGAGGAACUCUGCCGUGAGCCCACGCUGCCCCCCUGCACGCUGGACCAGUUCAAAUGCACAAACGGACACUGCGUGGCCCUGCUGUACGUCUGCGACCACAACGACAACUGUGGGGACCGCACGGACGAGUUAGGCUGCAAUUUUGGCCAAGAUCGAAACUGUGACGAGAAACUGUGUCAGCACGAGUGCACCAACCUGAACGGCACUGGUUUCAUCUGCUCCUGUAGACCUGGAUACAGAGUGAACCCAGAGAGCACCUACAACUGCCUGGAUAUCGACGAGUGUGAGGUGUUCGGCAUCUGUCCUCAGGUGUGCAAGAACACCAAGGGCGGCUACGACUGUGAAUGUGCGCCUGGUUACAGGAGAGUUGGCGACGGCAACAUGUGCGAGGCUCAGGGAGCAACUCCCAUGCUGCUUCUACCUGAAAACAUUCGUAUCCGGAGGUUCAACCUGCAGGCAGAGACUUACCACGACUUUCUCCAAGAGGAGGAGCACAUCAUGGCGCUGGACUACGACUGGGACCACAACAACACGGGAUACAGUAUGGUGUACUUCACUGUAGCCGGUAAGGACUCUGUCCCGGGUGCCAUCAAGAGAGCGUACAUACCUUCAGUGGACGACGGCAGCAACAACAUCGGAGCUGCUGUCGACCUCGGCAUCAAAUACAUCACCAAACCAGACGGCAUCGCUGUGGACUGGGUGGGCAGGAACCUUUACUGGGCCGACUCCAGACUGAAGAGGUUAGAGGUGGCCAUGUUGGACGGACGCUACAGAAAGCACCUGGUCAAGACUGAGCUGGGACACCCAUCCGCUGUGUCUGUUAACCCACGACUGGGGAUGUUGUACUGGGCCGACCGAGGACAAGCAGCCAAGAUCGAGUGUUCUUGGCUGGACGGUCAGGAGAGGAAAGUCCUGGUAGCUGAUGGCCUUGGUUGGCCCACUGGCCUGUCAAUCGACUUCACUAACGGGGACAGAAUUUACUGGUCUGACUCCAAGGAGAGCCGCAUAGAGUCUGUUCUGCCUUCGGGAGAGGAACGCAAAACUGCUGUUUUCAUAGACGUGAGAAAUCCGUUCAGUGUUAGCGUAUUCGAGGACCACGUUUACUGGAGCACCGAGGAGAAAGGCGAGGUGUUCCGUCAGGACAAGUUCGGCCGCGGGGCCAAGACGAAGCUGCUGACUGCCGGGCCCUGGCUGACCCAGGUCUCUGUGUACCAGCAGCAGAGAUACAACUCCAUCGGCAUGAAGAAUCCGUGUAAGGGAACCUGCAGCCACCUGUGUUUGCUACGGCCGGGAGGUUACACCUGCGGCUGCCCCGAGGGCACCAGCUUCAUCCCCGGCAGUGACACUGAAUGUGAUGCAGGAUUUGAUCCGCCACCCACCAUGCCUCCACCGUGUCAGUGUUUGAAUGGAGGCACAUGCUACUUUGAUGACAACAAGGCGCUCUGCAAAUGCCCUCCUGAGUGGCAGGGAGAUAAUUGCCAGACAAGCGUGGCCAGCCUGGUGGCAUCCUCAGUUGGGAUAGCGAUUGGGGUGACGAUAGUGAUCGUGGCUCUGCUGACUGCUCUGGUCUACGCUGCCAAAAAGAAGUCCAACAUACUGGAAACGCUACGAGACAAAUUACCCAGCAUGCCCAGUAUGCCAUCCAUGCCAUCAAUGCCCUCAAUGCCCUCAAUGCCGACCUUUAGAAAUGGAGUGUCUCCAAAUGCUGCGAACACAGACGGGACUGAAACCAUCCUGAACUCUGAAGCAGUUCCCUGUAUGUCCGUGUCGAUGGUGGACUCAAAUGGGAAGAAUUUUGAGAACCCGGCGUAUGAAGCUGGAGAAAAUCCUGCAGCUGAAGGCGAUGUGACAAACACCUCUGCUCCUGAUGGAACCAACAAGGAGUAUGUUAGCAACCCCCUGUACGUGGAAGGAGUUCAAGUUGUGGAUACUCCCUCAAGAAAUGCAGCCAAACCUGCUGCAGCGAACAAAGAGGCUUUUGAGAACCCGGCAUACAGCUCAGAGUCAGACGUCGCUGCUGCACAACCAGCUGCUUCAGGCGCACAGCUCUUUGAACCCAUUGUGGAUGACAGUUUGGCGUCUUUCAAAAACCCAAUAUACACGGAGAACACGUUUGAACCAGCUUCACACUCCGACGCUUGACGUGAACUCCUCAACAAGGACUUUAAACUCGCUUUGAUUUGAGGAUGCUGAAGAGAAUUCAACAAAUCCACCAAAACUGUCUGUGAAAGAAGAACAUUCUUUGUGCUACUACAUGCUUACAUUUAAUUUUUCUGUGAAUUAAUUGUCUUUUUUUUUUUUUGACAUGAUUUUUUGUAACUAAUGGGACUUAAUCAAAACCAAUAUAGCGAAUAGAAACUUGUAAAUGAUGUGUUUAUGAUUCAAGGUUUUUAAUCGUUAUGUACAUUUUGAUUGUAAAAACGUUGAAUAAUAAAAGUACUAUUGUCAUA